AGAGCAAAGAUCAUCUCAUUACUAAUUUACAACUACUCUGAAAACAUUUAGAGCAGUGAGCUUAGACACCAUAACUAGAAGCUUCAAUUAAUAUUAUCAUGGCGAAGAUUUCUUCUUCCUCCAUUCUCUUUUGUGUUGGUUUUCUCUUGCUGUUGAUUACUGGAUCUACAGUUUCCGACAAGGCUGUUUUUACUAUUGGCACUGCACCAGAUGGCAGUGAAUGUCCAAUAAGUGAUAAUGCUGGAUCAACUGGGACAAGUAGAGUAAAUAAUGGUCUAUCAUGUGGGGGUUGUAUGAAAGCAUGUUUCAAGAAAUGUGGAAAUAGCAAAGUAAAAAUUGGUUUAGCUUGCAGGCAGAUGACUGCUACUGGGUGGAGCUGUGGUUGUUGUUGUUCCACAGAUCAUUAAUCACAAUUUCCUAUUAAUCUAGUGAUGCUGAAAUAGUAUUUAAUUAUUGAGGACUUCGGGUUCAAAAAUAUUGUUGAUCUUUCGGAGUCUCCCUUUUUCUGUUUCUUUUUGUUCUUUCAAUACUUUG